ACAGCUCUAGCGUCAUAGUUUCGUUUGCAGUGUAAAAUUUUUAUACGCUUAAUUUUUGAUUGUUUUUGGUGUUUAUUCGUUUGAAAAGAAUGCAUAAAAAAUAAAAGCAUUUUCCUGCAAAAUGACGUCCAUUGAAAAUAAUGUGCGGAAUCUGCUGCAAACACUGCCAGCGCGUGCCGAGGGUAGCAGCAUGCAGUUGAAUGAAAUUACAAUGACGCCGGGAAAACUUGGAGCUACCCCAAUUCCGUUGCGCGCGAGAAAUCCGCAGCAGCAACAACAGCAGCUGCAGGCCCAGCAACAGUUAUAUUUCAGUACGCCUGGUAAAACAGAAAAAAAUAGCGACAAUGGUGCAGAGGAAUUUUGGCGUGAUUUGCAUCAGUUUCAUGAAAGACGCGGCACGCCUUUAACCCAGGCGGCCAAGAUCAGCGGACAGCGUGUAGAUUUAUAUCGUCUUUACCAAGAGGUAACAGAGCGUGGUGGCUUCAACAAGGUGAACAUGCGGGACGAGUGGGAUGAGGUGUUUAGCGCAUUGGAGAGCAUUCGCCAGUGUGUGAAUGGCACAGCAGGCAUUAAGCACAUAUACCGACGCUACUUGGACAAGUACGAGAAAUUAACAUUCUUUGGCGAGGAUCCGGACAAGCUGGAGGCCCUAGAGGCAGCCAUAGAGUGCGCAGAUGUGGGUAUGGGGCGCUCACGCUCUCGCGCUUUGGGCGGAGGCAGCGGCGGUGUUGGCAGCAGCGCUCUAACAAGCAGCGGCCUAGGCGGCAUUUUUGGCCAUGCCCACUCAACACUUACGGCUGUGCCCAUGGCCUACAAUCACCGCCAGCACGUGGUCAAUCUGGAGCGUAGACGUCAGCAUAAAAUGUCCACACAGCUGCACAAGCACAGCAACUAUGAGAAGCUGUUGCUGUCGCUGCUCUCACCGCUGCCCAACGAACAGGACUUUGCCAUCAAUGUGUGCAUGCUGAUGGCCAAUGAACCGCGUACCACGCUGCAGCUCAUGGAAUGCCCCAAGUUGCUGGAUGUGCUGUUGGCACACCUGGGUGUCUAUGCGGACUAUAGUAUGCGUCAGCUAUUCCAACAAGGCGCACCCCAGGGGAAGCGUCAUGCUAAGUUGCACUUUUGGCAGGAUUUGUUGUACGAAAAGCCGCAAAUCUUGGAGCUUUAUACGGAUGAGCAGGCCUGGCAGGAGAAUGGCUUAAUAAGCAAGGAGAUGGAUGAGCCCGAACCGCUGCCGCUGGACGAACUGCAGCUAGACUUUUUGAAUUUGCGACGCAGCUACGGCACGGACGAGCGUGUGGGUCAACGCGUGCUUCAAAUUGUGCAACUGCUGCGCAGUUUAAGCUUCCAACAGGAGCAUGUUCAGCUUCUGGCAAGUAACCGCACACUCUGGCGAUAUUUGGUUAUGGCCGUUAAUGUACGCUGGAGCAACAUACACAUACAAGCCUUGGAGACGGCGGGCAAUAUGGCGCAGCAGUUUGAGCUCCUGGAUCCGGCUACGGAUGAAUUGUCGCGCAAUCUUUUGGCCACGCUCUGCGAGGGCAUCGAGUCCAACGAUCGCGCGGUUAUCAUCAGCUGCCUGGAGAUACUCUACAAGCUCUGCGCCCGCGAGGGCAACGCUCAGCAUAUAAAUCGCUGCCUUGGCUUGGAUUUCUAUCAGCGCGUCAUGCUCCUGCUUUCACUCACCGAUGUCAUGCUGCUCAUCUUUACGUUGGAGGCAAUUUAUGCUUUGAGUUCGCUGGGCGCGCGUCCAUGCUCCAUGCUGAUGCAAGUGCGUGGCUUGCUGGAUCAGCUGGUGGCUCUAUUGACGGUCGAGGCGCAGUCCUAUGGCGCCGCGGGCUGCAUAUUGAUGCGUGUGGUUGAGGUGGUGCCGGGCAACAUGUUGCCCACAUUGACACAGGGCGCGCAGCUUACACAGAUGGUGCCAGCAAAGAUAGCAGCACCGCCGCCGCCGUCAGUGCAGACACCGGCACCAUUACUGCAGUUCCACGUGUUGCCUGCGCAAGUUGAAUCCGCUGCCGUGACUGCACCACCAACAGUAGCUGCAACUGCACCUCCGCUCCAGCUCUCAGCUCCAGUCAGUCUGCCUCAAGCUCAAUUGCCACCAGUAGCAGUGGCUCCAGCUCCCGCUCCCACUCCCGCAUCUGCUCCAGCUAUGCCUAUUCUACCACCUGCGCCUUCUGCACCACAGAGCUUUACACAUGAGGAUGAAACCUAUGCCUUGGCCUGGCUCGGUGCAACCUAUGAGCGCGCUGGCAUUGGCCAUGAGAAUCGCGUCGAGCAGCAGGAACUCUAUACCAUUUACUUGUCGCACUGUCAGAAGGCGGGCAAGCACUCUGUGGUAAAUCGCAUGCAGUUUCCACGAUUGGUGCGGCUCAUCUUUAACCCCAGCGUGGGUCCAGCCAUAGUGCGUCAGCUGGACGGCACCGAUCUCCCAGGCACACACUAUGUGGGCAUUCGCAUGCGAGCACAGCCGCUGCCGCUGCAACAGCCACAACAACAGCAGCAACAGCAGCAGCAGCAGCAGCAGCAUCAAGUGCAAGUCCAAGCCAAGCUGCAAACUGAGGGAUCAGCAGCUGGAUCGGCUGGCACGGCUCCUAGCUCCUCGCUCAUCAAGAGUCUGCUGGCCAACAAAGUAAAUGAGCGUCAGCAGAAGCAGAAGGCGCAAGCACAGCCACCCGCACUCGUGGCCACCACUAGCUCCAGCUCGGCUAGUAGUCAGCCUAUCAAGGUGACCUCCACCACAGCCAUAAGCGCCUUUGUCAACAAUCCGCUGAUGCAGCAUACGCCCGUCAAAGUGGGUCAGACCACCAUUAAGCCGCUGCAUCCACAACUAUCGCUGGAGAAGAAGCCGUUGAGCGAUUCGGCGCCGCCGCCGCUGGCACCGCUAAGUGGAGCCAAUGUCAAAAAGGAUCCGCAAGGACGCACGCUGAUCAUACAAGCCAAGCGCAAGCUUACAGUGGAUGAGGAGCUGCACAACAAGCGGAUGGCCUUGGACAAGGAGGCGGAGACGCCCGUAACGCCGUCGAAAAAUGCAGCGAACCUUUAUGCAGAUCUGGCUGCCUCUAUUCUCGAGGAUGAGGAUUUGGAUGAUGUGCCGCCGUUGGCAAGCAGCAGCCAGGAGCAAGCCGCACCGUCUACGCCGCAGCAACAGCAGCAACAACAACAGAUGCAGCUUAUGCCUGGCAAGAUGCAAUCUGGUCCGCGUCAAAUUUUACUGCCUGCGCCGCCACCAACACCACAACUUAAGCUGGCCACGACCACAGCCACCAUUAAAACGGAUCAGGGAUUGCAAACAGUGCCGGUUAUACUUGCGCCAAAAACGGAGGCAGCCAGUCAGUCUCAAGCCCCAACGCAGACGCAGUACGUCCUGGCCACCAAUCAGCAGGGACAAACGUAUUUGGUGGCGCAACAAACGCCCACGGUGCCGGUGGGCCAACCAGCAAGUGCUCCACCCACGUUGCUGGUGACGCAGGCGCCGCAGCAACAGACCAAGACCAUCAUCAUACUGCAACAGCAGCCAGGGGGCGGAGUAGGCGCAACCAAUGUGCCGGGCACGCAAAAGGUCUACAUGACCACCUCCUCAGGUCAGCCGUUGCUGGUGACUACCACCACAGGAGGUGCGCAGCCACGGCCAGGAACUCCCGCGCAAGCCACACAGCAACAACAACAGCAGCAGCAGCAACAACAACAGCAGCAGCAGAUCUUUAUAAACUCGCAGCGUGGAAUGCCCGCUGCCUUGGGCGCUGGUCAAAUGUCGCCUUCAUUGCUGUCGCAGCUUAAUCAAAUACCAGCAACCAUUAAACUGCAUCAGCCACAACCGCAGCAGCAGCAGCAGCAACAGGCCCAGCAGCAACAGCAACGCAUUGUGGCCAGCAAAAGUGCGCCCAUCCCUCAGCUGCAGCAGCAUCAGUCCAUUAUACAACAGCACAUAAUCUCGAGUCCUGCCACAUCAGCAGCAGCAACAGUUGCUGAGAAGCGACAACUGUUGCUGGGUGGCAGCAUCAAGGAGAGCACGUUGAUAACACAAACUCCAGCACAGGUACAUCAGAGUCAGCUUAAUUCGCAGACUAUUAUAACCACACAACAACAGCAGCAGCAGCCAGCAACGAUGCAGCAGCAGCAACAUAUAAGAAGCGUGCUGGAGCAGCAGCAUCCCUCUAUAAUACAACAAAAGAUUAGUCUACCCACGACGCUAACGGAUGCGGCCAAGCCUAAGGUAACGACAACAACAACAAUUGCUAAGAAAACGAUAAUACAGUCGCCAGCAUUGAAGCCAGUAGGAACAGCCAGCAGCAACAGCGAAGCAGCUAGCAAAGCGCCGACUGCAGAGCCAGCAGCAGCAGCAACAGUUGCAACGGCAGUAACAACAACAACAACAGCAGCAGCAGCAGCGGCAGCAGCAGGAACAGUUGCUGCGAUCAGCACAACAGCAGCAACCACAACAGUAGCCCCACAAGCAAGCGUGAGCACCGCUGUGCCGGCCGAUGCCAAUUGGUUGUUUAUAUGCGAUUGGCGGAAUUGUCCACGCCGCAAAUUCAAAUCUCUCAAUGAGCUGCAGCAUCAUGUGUGCAAUGUGCACUGCCCGGAUCAUUUGGAUGCAGGCGCUGAGAUCUAUUGCCAGUGGGGCAGCGGCGCUAGCUUAUGCGAUAAUAUAGCGCGCAAGCGUUAUUCGCUGAUGACUCAUCUGGUGGAUCGCCAUUUGGCGGUGGAUGAUUUGCGAGCCAGCAUGCAGCGGCGACUUGCCACAGGCUUACACAAUGUGGCGCCCACCCAACCAACAGUGACCAUAGUGCGCAAUGCGCCGUCGGCAAGUGCGACAGCUGCGGCUGGUGGAGGAGCUGGCGCAACGGCAACCGCUGCUGUGGGCAGCUCAGCCUUGCAGGCCAUCAAGCGACACUCGGCGGACUUUCUCAACUCGAAGGAGCUGAUGGACGAGAACGAGGGGCCCGUUACCAAAAGCAUUAGGCUAACAGCAGCUUUGAUUUUACGCAAUUUGGUCAACAGCUCGACAACAGCCAAGCGUGGACUGAAGCGCUACGAGGCCCAUCUGGCGCAUGUGGCCUUUAGCAAUGUGGAGGCCAGCGGCGUGCUCUCGCACAUACUACACGAGCUGAGUGAGUGAGUGGCACUCAGCUGGUGUGGAUUGGAGUAGAGUGGAACUAUUGCUAACUACAUAUAACUAUAAUGCAUUAAAUACAUGUACUUGAUUGUCUAUUAAAUGU